GAGGCGUACACGCGUUUUACCACCAACGAGACCGUUAUAAGAGCGUUACAGUAAAUUGUAUGCCAAGUGAAUUUGUGCUAAGUUGUGCAGCGUGAAGUAGAAAAAUCAGUUUGAAAUUGAAAUAAAAAUUAAAAAAAAAUUUGAAAAAAAAUAGCAACCGUGCGCAUGUUUGUGUUUGCCAUUAACACUACAGUUUUUUCUUAUAAACCUGCAGCGUUGGGUUGCCGCGCGGUCUAUUGCUCACCAAACUGCCAAAAACAACAACAAAAGUGGGGUAGUAAAGUAAGCUUGAUGAUACUGGAAAUUUAAUAUUUGCUGCAACGGCAAACUUGAAUGUCACAGCGAAAAGCUGCUGAACAAUAACAGCAACAACAACAGAAAAGCAAACAAUUUGCAGUGAAAAAGCAACAAAAAAAUCGUGCUACUACAAGCGGCAAUUGAAGCUGCAGCAACGCAACAAGGCGCGUCACACCACCGCCAACACAGCCAGCAAUAACAAAACUGCUAACAACAACAAUAAGCUUUACAAAAUCGUAAAACAGAGUGCAAUUUUCACACAAAAACUUCUUUAAAUAUACGAGCGAAUGCUUGCCAGUAAAAGGGCAAUAAGAAAUAAACAAUAUAAAAAAAAUAAAAGUAAUGUGCAAUUUUGCUGUUGCGAUUGUAAUUUUAAUGCAAAAUAAAAUUGCGAUAAAAAAGUUCAAGUGAAAAAAAUUAAGUUUCAUUAAAGUAACGACUAAGCAAAGGGCUUACUUGCAGCGACAGCAUGACAAUAAGUGCAAUGAAGACAACAAAAGAAAAUUAUAAAGACAUCAAAUCAGGAAGUGCAUAUAGAAACGUGUAAACGCCGACAAGUGCAAAGAGACCAUUGAGUGUACAUCUCAUCGUGCAACUAACUACUGUUAGGGAGUUACAGCGAUUAUAUUACACGCUACAAAUUGCAUAACUGCAAAUCACGCUGCAGUGAGAUCGAAAAAAAAGAAAACGAAAACAAAGAAACUGCAGACAAAAGCCAUAGAAACAAAAGCGAAGCUUUGGAAGAUCACAUUUGCUUUGGAAAAGAACAAAGUGAACGCUGCAAAUCAGACACAAAGUAUCGGAGUAUUGCAAACGGACCAACAGCAAGCACGGAAGAGCAAAGAAGCGGAGGAAGAAGCGUUUUUAUGUAUAAAUGCGACAAGCGAUCGGAGCUUGAGCGGAGAUCAACAAUAACGCGGUGAAGCGCGAAGUGAAAAAAAUAGUGCAAGACCGAGAAAAACGAGGCACAAGCUGACGUGCAAAAGAAGUAAUCAGCUGCCCGGUAAUCACAAGUAGUUUUUAGUAAUCACAUUUUAAGCUAUUAGAGCUAUCCAACGUAACGGCGCAACAACAAUAAUGGCAACGAAAACUGUUAUAAACACGAAUACGCCAACAACGCGUGGCAUCUCUAUACUAAUUGACCAGAAUACAGCAACAGCACCAACAACUAUACAAAAGCAACAACCACACGCAGUCAACAAUUGUCAGAAAGAAACAUUGAGACCAACAACACAAAUGACCGAAACGGCCAAGAUCACCAUCUUUCAAAAUGCAACAACAACGAAAACACAAAUGGCACCAACACCAUCAACGGCGGUAACUAGAACAGUGCUCACUAAGCUGCAGCCGCAGCCAAGUAAAUUACUGGCAACAACAACAACAGCGCGUAUUGGUGUUAACGGUAUAGAUAAUAAUUGCACCAAUAAUAAUGAUAACCACAAUAAUGAUGAUGUUUUUGUCAAAGCCAAUAAUGAGCAAACGUUGAACGGUGAUGAUCGUGAGCGACGUCACUCGUAUCGCAUACAGAGUGGUGAGUACGAGAGUGACCAGAAAACUAGUUACGCCACAAUCAAGCAGAAAAUAACAACAUCCACGGCGGUGCCAACUUUUCCACACUUGCUGUUGAAAGUGGUGAGUGAAAGAGGAAAAGCCAAUAAUGGUCAAACCGAGCGCAGCGAUGGCGGCGUUGUGAGCAACGAAGACGUGCACGAAGCGAAUGGAAACGACGACGGCCGUUUAGCUAACGGUGUUGGAAGUGAUGUUGGAAAAUCGCAAGUAAAUAGAAAUGUGGCGGCCGCAGGUGUUGUUAUGACGCACACAAAUGGUCAAAAUGAGCAGCUGAGCAACAACAACAACACUGCAAUUACGAAACCGACAGCACAAGCGAAUGUUAAUGAACAGCGCGGCUCGAUGAUCAUUAAGUGCAAUGGCGAUGAACAAAAAGAGAACAAAAAAUCACAUGAUAAUCAUGAUGAUGAUGAUGGUGAUGCACAUGAUCGGCAUGCCGAUAAUAAUGAGCGCGGCGCUAACGACGUUCAUGCCGAUCAACAGCAUGCUGAUCAAGUUGGUUCACUUGUUGCGCCGACAGCGACGUCUAAUAUAUAUCGCGACGAAAGUUGUGUGACUAGUGCUAUUGGAAAUGGUCAAAACGCGUUUGAACAUUAUAUCUGUACGAAUGCGAUGAACGUUAGCGAACGCGAUCGCCAUGCGGCUGGUCAUAGUCUCUGCAAUACAGAUGACCAAGAGCAGCUGGAAAGUGCAGACGUGAACGCGAAUUCGAAUGCGAUCGGCGUGAAUAGUCUACUAACGGCAACGAGAGCAGAUUGUGGAAGUGCACUGACCGAAACAGACGCAGCCACACGCAGACGCAGUGUUGAACCAAUAACAACAAAUCUUAAAGAAUCGAAUUUGAAUAAACAAAUAUUAGAACCGAAAUUACAUGUGUUGAAGAUACAAAUAAAACCGAACGAAGUGCAUGAAAAGAAUGACAAACAAGUGUCGGUAGUGACCCUUAACGAGGCACAAGUGCAAGAUACGCCUGAGCAACAGUACGCCCCAACAAAAGAGCAUUUUAAAGAAUUAGCACAACAAAGUACUCAAGUGCAAAUAAUUGACUCAACGCAGGUAACACCGACGGCUGAAAGUGCGAACGAAUUAUACGUGAACGAACACAAAAAGAGCGACCACGUACAGAAAAUGGUGCAAAAGCCUACAGCUACAACGCCUACGGCGGCCACAUUGACUACGGCGACGACGACAUCAAUGAUUCUCAAUACGGGCGCGGUAACCGUGUCGUCCGGCGGUAAUGCCGCAACAAACUUGUUAGGCGCGAUCACAAUCGCAAACGGUAACGGCAAUAGCAACGGUAACGGUAAUGCCAAUACUAAUGGUAACGGUCACGCGAACAACACGAACGCUACGUCGAAUACAAGCAUUACCGAUUUAAAUGUCACACAUCCUUCGUAUAUGUACUAUGUUAUAUCCAGUGGUCAAUUCUCACCUUGCGACACACUAGACAGCGGUACAGGUAGCGAUCUGGAGAGUAAUGGUAAUGUAACACCCGGCGCACCAACCAUACAGAACAAGUUUCUCGGCACACUCGAGAAACUCAAUGCUGUCACACAGAAUGGUGUUAGCGGUAGCGCACCCAAAAUGGAAUUGCACAUGAAAGCGACCAAAAUACGUCUAAAUGGCAGCACCAAGAAGUCAGCGUUGGACUUGACAAAUGGCACUGCGAAGUCACAUACGAAUGGCGACCACGCACGCGCUGGCAGUUUCACCGAUAGCGAGGAGAGCGAAUCGUCCUCGCUGAGUUGUGAUUCACUGCACUCCACCGAAUUCAUACGACAGUCGUCGGUUUCGCCAACAGCGCACAAAUCGACGGGUAACGCCGCUUCCUUGGCUUGCGUCAAAAUGUUGGGCUCUUUUCUGCCGGACUCUUUGUUGCGCGAUAUACGCGAUCGCAAGUUUCCCACCAAUGAUUUUGAGGCGAAAUAUGGUGAUGGUGGCAGUGCUGCUAGCGCUGAUGGUGGCAGUGAUGCGGAUGGUGAGGGUGAUGUGCCCACAAUUGUUACGCCAAUUGACGAAAACGAGCAGGUUUAUAUUAAUGUGGACCAUAAGCAAUUCUUAAAGGAACAUAACUGUAAUAAUAUGAUCCUCAAUAAUAGUCACAGCAAUAAACGCGCGUCGCUGCCGAAUAAAACGUUCGUUUUAAACGCGGAUAAUGGUACGUUCGUUGAUACGAAAAUGAACUCGAUGCCGCGCAAAUACGAAGCAGAUAAAUAUUACAAUUUCCAUGUGCGGGAACAUGAAAAUUUCCGCAGUUUCGACAUCACUGGCGGUCUUGGUGGUAUUAAUGGUGGUAGCGUUGGUUCUGCCAGUUUAGGCGGUGGUGAUCUUGAAAGUCUCUCCGAAUACGAAACGAAGAGCUUGCACGACGAUGCUUUCGCCGGUUACAAGGACAUACGUUGCGGUUCGGCCACUUCGACUAUACGUUCGUCAAAGGGCACAGUGCGCGGCGUCAAGAAUCGUGUGCGCAAUGGAAUAGCCACAUUCUUGCAGUUGCAGCAGCCGAAUGUGAAGAACUUCAAAGAGAAGGAUGCCGGCAAGGUGGUGCUCUAUACCACGAGUAUGGGCAUCAUACGUGACACAUAUGCCAAAUGUGCGAAUGUCAAGCAGAUAUUGCGUACGCUGCUUGUGAAAUUCGAAGAGCGGGAUGUCUUCAUGAGCAUCGAGUAUCAGCAAGAGAUAAAGGAGCGAAUGCACUCGGAAGCGAUAAAAGUACCUCAACUCUUUGUGGAAGGCCAACACAUUGGUGAUGCUGACACUGUGGAACGGCUGAAUGAGUCUGGUGAACUGCGUCAGCUGCUCAAACCAUACAAGUCAAUUGCCACGACAUUCACGUGUCAAACAUGCGGCGGCUACCGCCUACUGCCAUGCCCCUCAUGUAAUGGCUCGAAAAAGUCGGUGCAUCGAAAUCACUUCACGGCCGAAUUUGUGGCACUGAAAUGCAUGAAUUGCGACGAAGUUGGGCUGGUUAAAUGUCACAAUUGCUAAGCAAGUGCACGACGAUGGCAGCGAUUGUGUCCGAAUUUGAAGAGCAGCAAUGCGAAACUUGAUUGACUACUCAUGCGGGCGGGGGAAUAUGUUGAACGGACAAUUGCCGUUUUUCAUAUAGACAAAGAGAAGCAUUACUUAUAACUUUUUUUGGACGUUUGUGUGUUUAUAGGCAUAAUCUCUAACUAUAUAUAUAAAUAAUUAGCUUAAGCAACGAAAGAGUCAUUUGAUAUAUAUUUUUGCAUAUUUUUUACUUGAUUUAACUUUAUAGACUUUAUUUUUUAGAAUUAAUUUUACUUUAAAGUUAUAAUUAGCGAUGUUUGAUUGCCACACAAAUUGGUUUUUAUAUGUUGUCUUUCCUUUUCUUUAUUUUAGAAGUACAGCCAUGAGCUUAAUUUUGGAAAACAAAACCAAUCAAUUCGACAUUGAUGACCUUAGCAAUUUUUUUUCUAUCAAAUUUGCUUUUAUUAUAUUUUUACUGCCCAAUUAAUUCGCUAUAUAUUUACAUAUGUAAAUUUAUUAUAUACAUACAAUACAUGUAAUUCAAAGUGUGCAUGUGAAAAGUAAAUUCGAUUUGAUUGACGGUCACGAGCGUUUACGAAUUUAUUGUUUAUCGUCGUUUGUUUGUGCGGCAAAUGUGACGGUUGUGAUAAUUUAAAACAGAUAUUCAAAUAAAACAAUAACAAAAGUAAAAAAAAAUAAAUAAAUAAAAUAUUAA